UCUAAGGGGAGGCAUUUAUUUGAAGUACUGAGGAAAGCCAGGGAGGACGACAUGAAGGGACAGGAGAGGAGGCUAGUCUAAUAAGACCUUAAAUGUGAUAAUCACACUUUCCUAUUACCAGGAAACUGAAACCGUUGCGCAUGUAUUGCUACAGUGCGAGAGGGACAGAGCAAGACUGCGUUCUAGUAUGAGGGGGAUACAGGACAUCCGUUUAAAGAGUAUAUUGAGUAGAAUCUUAUAUAUAACCCCUACCUGCCAGCAACGGUGCUGGAAAGCUACGGAAGUGGUGCUGGCAGGGUUUAGUUUCUCCACACUCCAGUACAGUAAGUGGAGGUAAUGCACCAUUACAUUGGAUGCUAACCGCUGAUAAACCCCACCGAAGAAGAAGACGAAUAUUUGGAUGAGGAUGCAUGCGGUCACCUUUACAGGAAUAAUUUUGCAAUGAAUUCCAACAUAACGUCAACGGAACCAUCGGACGACUGGGGUGAUAUAAGUGAUGCAGAAUUACUCGAUGUACAGUCAGAGCAUCUCGCCCCUCCUGACCGGUCCAGUCCGACUCUCGGUGGGAAUGUUGGUGAUGAUGGUCAGUCCCUUGAAACAACCGAGAAGAGGAUCGAUUACCUCAUUAAAAAAUGGCCUAACCUCGCUACCCUGUUCGAGAGGGUGAAGAACCGGAGUGCUGCCUUGUCUGUCCCUAACCAGAGCCCAAUGGAGAGAUUCCUUAAACGUCACCUGUGUUACGCAGCUAUGUGAGCAGUCUUGGUGUGAGAUCAAAAUGGCCUAUGGGUUCAUUAAGCCUAAAGUAAGGAUGCUAGAGAUGCAAAAUACAGAAGUGACAACUGGGGCCAGUAUUCAUCUCGCCAGAGAACUGGAGGUGAAACCAAAUGUUGUGACUGUGGCUGCUGUCACCAGGGAGGACAGGGAGGCUCUGAAGCUAAUCAACAUGCUACAGAUGGUCCCAGCUUUAGAGGCAGGCCAGCUUGUGCGGGAGUUCCCAGUGUUUGGUGUGUUGGAAGGGAUGUUCUUCAUGGGUGUGGUUGAUGAGCUGUAUCGUAGUGACUCUGGGGAACUGGUCCUGAGUGAACUGAAGACCCGCAGUCACAACUCUCUGCCCCGCCCAGCCCAGACCAAGGGACACGCUCUACAGGUGGGUAUGUACAAGCUCUUGUUUGAUUCCAUGGUAAAGGGUUCUUUGAAGAGGGACCAUCUCCUCCACAACCUUCAGCUGGAUCCUAAUCGGGUCCUUGGAUCAGACCUCCAGACCCACACCCAGUCACUGAGCCUCCAGGCAGUCACGUUCAGAGAGCUCCUUGACCACCUACUGGUCGUCCUUACCUGUUCUAACCUCCAUGCUAUCGACAAGCUACGCCUGGAGUAUAGCCACCAGAGCUCCGGAAAGCUCAUUGGCACCAGGGAGGUAGCGUUUGAGGAAGCCCAGCUUAGGACUAAUAUCAGGGGCUACCUGGCUUACUGGAGGGGCGAGAGGGUGCCCCAGGGAGUGGAAGUGGAGGAGGCCUGGAAGUGCAGGAUGUGUCCCUAUGAGGAGACCUGUGACUGGAGGAGGGAUAGAUCACAAAGGCUAACAAUGGUGAAUAAGAGAGCCAAGUUGGAGUGUCCUAAGUCAGAUGGUCCCAAGCCGAACGGUUCGAAAUUGAAUGGGUCGAAAUUGGGAGUCGAAUACCGGUAGUUCUCCUGAAUUAAAUAGCCCUAAACAUACAGAACCCCAGGCAUGUCUCCUGUAAUGAUUUUCUGGGUGUAGUGUGAAGUUCCGGAAGGUUCUAUCUAUGUAUCCUUGAAGGUGUAAGCCUAUUAAGCAAUAUUAAAGUCAGGGUUGUUUAGAGCUAAAGUGCCUUCAGAAAGUUCACACCCCUCGACUUUUUCCACAUUCUGUUGUUACAGCCUGAAUUUCAAAUGGAUUAAAUAGAGAUAUUGUGUCACUGAUCUAUACACAAUACCCCAUA